GCUCCCGCCCCUCCGCCCCGGGGGUCCCCGCAGCGCUGGGCAUCCCGCCCGGCUCGCUGUGAGGGGCGGCCCUCAGCGCAGCGCUCCGCGCGGCUCCGCCCGGCUUAAUUGUUACUGGGAGUGUAGUUAAGGCUUGGACAAGGUACAAGGAAAGUAAGAGGCGCUCACACUGCUGCUUCUUUGGAGCUGGAAGAUCGAGUCUUUGUGAGUAAUCCAAGAGAAACAACUGCCAACCACUGCCACGUUUUCAUCUGUUGGUAAACAUCAGCUGCUGGUUGGCCUUGAGGGAGGAAGACUGAAUUAGUUCCAGAUGGAGAACUCUUUCAGCCUUUUCGACUUUCCAGUUGAUUUAAGCCAGCAGGCAGAAAACAUGGAGCAGCCCACAUGAAGAAACAUGCAGAGUUCAUAUUCCUGCAAGAUGUUCUUUGGGGGACCAAGCCCAGAUUCCCAGGCCCCUGGGAGAUGAAGCAUUGAGCACAUGACAUUUGUGUUGCUGUGUCAGUGUUGCUUUGUGUGAAGGACCAAUAUUCAUUUUUUGUUCCUCUCACCAUGUCGGCCGUGACGAGCGCCCCGAUCCCGGACACCCCGAGCCCUCCCCAGCUGGAGGAGAAGCCCAAGGGAAAAUCCCUGUUCCAGCUGGGCUCCCUCUUUGCUAACAGGAGUGAGAAAUUUGUGAUUGCUCGCAGUGACAGUUUGCCAGAGGAGAAUGUCCUGAAAAUCACAAUCACAGAGACCACGGUCAUCGAGUCCGACCUGGGCAUCUGGAAUUCCCAUGCUCUCAUCUACCUCACCCUCUGGUUUUUCUUCAGCUUUUGCACUCUGUUCCUUAACAAAUACAUUCUGUCCUUGCUGGAGGGAGAGCCCAGCAUGCUUGGUGCUGUUCAGAUGCUCUCCACCACCUUCAUUGGCUGCAUCAAGAUGUUUGUGCCGUGCUGUCUGUACCAGCACAAAACCCGCAUCUCCUACCCCCCCAACUUCAUCAUGAUCAUGCUCUUUGUUGGAUUAAUGAGAUUUGCAACAGUGGUCCUGGGCCUGGUGAGCCUGAAGAAUGUGGCAGUUUCAUUUGCAGAAACUGUGAAAAGCUCUGCUCCUAUUUUCACUGUCAUCAUGUCCCGGAUGAUUUUGGGGGAAUACACUGGAUUGCUGGUGAACCUCUCCCUGAUCCCUGUGAUGGGAGGGCUGGCUCUGUGCACUGCCACUGAAAUCAGCUUCAACAUCCUGGGCUUCUCUGCAGCCCUGUCCACCAACAUCAUGGACUGUUUGCAAAACGUCUUUUCCAAAAAACUGCUCAGUGGAGAUAAAUACAGAUUUUCAGCCCCAGAGCUUCAGUUCUACACCAGUGCUGCUGCUGUGGUUAUGCUUAUUCCAGCUUGGAUAUUUUUCAUGGACGUGCCUGUGAUUGGGAAGAGCGGGAGGAGCUUCAGCUACAACCAGGAUAUUGUCAUUCUGCUGCUGAUAGAUGGAGUGCUGUUCCACCUGCAGAGUGUCACAGCCUAUGCCCUGAUGGGGAAAAUUUCUCCUGUGACUUUCAGCGUUGCCAGCACAGUCAAACAUGCCCUGUCCAUCUGGCUCAGCAUCAUCGUGUUUGGGAACAAGAUCACCAGCCUGUCAGCUGUGGGCACUGUCCUGGUCACCGUGGGGGUCCUGCUCUACAACAAAGCCAAGCAGCACCAGCAGGAGACCCUGCACAGCCUGGCCAUGGCCCCCCAGCCCCUGCCAGGCCCCACCGAGGACACCGAGCCCCUGAUCCCCAAGGAUUUGGAGCCCUAUGAUUAAUGGGGCUCUUCAUCCUCCCAGCCCAGCGUGGCUCCAAGGAAAUCCUCCUGGAUGUGCUGCUUCCUUUGCUUCCUUUGAGUUCCUGGCAGGAUUUGCCCAGGAUUUGAAGCAGGAAGGAGCUGGGGAGGAUGUGAUGCCUCAACGUGGUAAAUGUGGGGCUUUGUUGUCUUUCCUCGACUGCAAGUCACAUCCAGGCCUGUGUUGGUGGAAGAACUUUGGUGUCUUGUGGGAAAACAAUCCCUGUGUCCCUCCCCAUCCAAAUAAUGUGAAAAUGUGGCCCCAGCACUGAGUUCUGCUGGCAGAGGGAUGGAAUUGGUGCCUGGUGGAAAUUCCUGAUUGUUACUCUGCAUUUCCUGCGUCCUCCAUCGUUCUGUGUGGUGCAGAGAUGGAAGAGGUCCAAGGAGGGCAUUGUCCCACCCUGCUCUGCUUUGGGGUGGCCUCAUCUCAAGCCCUGAGGGCUUUUUGGGGUCCCAAAACCUGCCAGAGCUGCAGGAGCAUUUGGACAGCACAGGAUGGGAUGUUGGGUGUGAUCCUUGUGGAUCCCCUCCCACUCAGGACAUUCCAGAAUUCUAAAAGGGAUUACAAUUCCCACCCUGCUCUCCCAACAAACAACUUUUGAUUUUUUUGGAUGAAGCAAACUGUGGGAAAUGAGCUGUGAGCACCUACUGCUGACUGCAAAUCCAAGAUUUGGAGUGGUUUUCCUGCUAAAAUUUAACGUGGGAAUACCUGAUUCUGAUCAUUUACUGACAAAACUGAAAUGCAAGUAUUCACACACAUCCCCUGUGUAAAUGAAGUAUUGAAUUCAAUACUUGUAGCUGCUUGGAGGUAAAAAAAAAAACAAACAAAACAACAAAAAACACUGAAAAUUGUGGUGACAAAGGAAGCAGAAUCUCUGUAUUUCUGUAAGAAACCAUUUUGUUGUUUUAAUUUCAUUUUAUUGUGCAUGAGGAAAGAAAUUAAUGGGGUUUUUAAUAUUAUUUCUAAGAGUGCAACAAAAGGCUGCCUUUUAGAAACUCAGGGUUAUGAGUCUGACCUGUGUGUAAAAUAUCUAAUUUCUGGUUAUGUAAAGAAAUCUCAGAGGCAUCUGUGACAGAUGGGAGGAAUAUUAACCAUAAACUGAGGCAAAUCUUUAUUUCUGCUGCUCUUAAGUUUCCUUUUUUUUUUUAAAGGAAAUUUGUUUUUGUGGUAGAUCAAAGAUUAAAUUUCCAAAUUCUCAAGAUCAGGCAUUAGUUUUGGCCAAAAAAAAAGCGCACAUGUAGCUACAAAAACAUCCACGUGGAUUUUUUUGGGAACAAAACAAGUUAAAAUGAGUGGAUUUUAAUAAUUGCCACUCUUUUGGAAGUUGGAGCAUGGCUGUAGAGUGAUCUUUAUGAUUAAAAAUCCUGGUUAACAGGAAUUUUACCACUAGAAUUGCUGUAAAAUUACAUUUCCACAUCUGAGUGGCUUCCCCAAAGAUGUGAGGGAGGGAAAUGCCAAUUUUUUUUCAUCCUUGUGUGUGUGAUAUGUCUGUGGUAUUUUGUUUUCUUUUGUACUUCUGUCACUUUUAUAAAAGCUGUGGACUGUGGCGUGGA